AUCCUUGGUUCCCGAACAACGAAACAAACCGGUUCCAUUAUUUCUGCAGUUUGAGACCUUCAAAGAAGGCACUGUCGAUUUCAAGGACUGAUCAGGAACCAGUGCAAGAGAUGGCGCUGAGGAGAAUAAUCAAGGAGCUCAAGGACCUGCAGAGGGAUCCACCAACUUCAUGCAGUGCAGGCCCUGUGUCUGAUGACAUGUUCCACUGGCAAGCGACCAUCAUGGGCCCCAGUGACAGCCCCUACUCUGGGGGCGUGUUCCUUGUCACCAUCCAUUUCCCUCCAGACUACCCAUUCAAACCUCCCAAGGUGGCGUUCAAGACGAAAGUGUUGCACCCGAACAUCAACAGCAACGGCAACAUCUGCCUGGACAUCCUCAAGGACCAGUGGAGCCCAGCCCUCACCAUAUCGAAGGUUCUGCUGUCGAUUUGCUCGCUGCUGACGGACCCCAACCCGGACGAUCCGCUGGUGCCGGAGAUCGCGCACAUGUGCAAGACUGACCGGCUGAGGUAUGAGUCCACCGCGCGGAGCUGGACGCAGAAGUAUGCCAUGGGCUAGCUGACGCAGCGUGAGAGCAGGGGAGCCAACAUCACACUGAACAGCAGACAUAAAUAACCAUGAAUUGUUAACAGUCUUGCUUAAACCAGGGCUAGAGUUGAGAUUUGAUGAUGAGUGCAUUCAUGUCCUCUUGAUGAAGGAUAACUAAGAAUAUGAAAUUUUGAUGGCCCUUUUGCGUUUGAGUCGAGUAUAAAGUUCAGACUUUGCAAGGAAUCACAAGUCAUCGUUGUGAAUUCAGUUUGGCGUCUACUUGUCUA